GCAUGCGCAGGCUUGAGGCUCUCCGUUGAGACGGUGCCGCGGCGGCGCCGGAGAUGUGAAAUUAAAUGAACCAAGUGUGCUUUAUCACCAUGGAGAUCUUGGACAAUGACCUGAGAAUCAACUUCAUAUGUGUUCUAUCUUGGAGGCUUCUGUUGGGCAACCAAACCUCUCAGAUGUGAACUUUAACAGAGGGAAGCUCUAAACAUGCUGUUUAACACGGGAUCAAAUUGAAGGAAAAUUUAAAAACUAAUUAUGGAGGGGAAAACAGUACUUUUUUUCUCAGUUGUGCAGACUCUCCAGAUAUCUCAGUGAGAUUUAAAGAAGAACUCCAGUGAAGCUGUGAUUCUGAAUAAGGUCCAGCUAGGCUCAUUCUUGGGCCCCCAGAUUGACCCUCAGUGCUCUGAAAACCACUCUGAAAGCCUUAAAACUGGUCAGAUGAUGGAUGAGUCAGAUGAUGAUUUUAAGGAACUCUGUGCCAGCUUUUUCCAAAGGGUGAAAAAGAAUGGCUCCAAGGAAGUAUCAGGGGAAAGGAAGACAAAAAAGGCCUCGAACAGCACUCAGAUAACAAGCAGACCAAAAAAAGCCAAACCAACUGCUACCAAGAGCAAAACCCUUCAAGGCCCCAGGGAGAGGAAGACCCGAACUGGCAGCCAGGCUGCAAGGACGAGAAAACAAGGGGCACCCAAGCAGCAAGAGAAUGAACCAGCUCCCCCUGAGAAUGGGGAAGGAAGUAUGCCUGCUUCUUCUGUGCUCCGGGAGAGUGCGUGGAGCUCCCAGACAGAACGGACACGUGUGAACAUUUUCUCCUCAGGGGCUACUCCUAACAGCAACUCCCAGCCCCCUCCUCCCUGUCUGACUGCAAUGGUGCCAAGUCCCUCCAAACCGCGGGCGGCUGAGGUGGUCCUGCAACGCAUGCAGCAGUUCAAGAGAGCAGACCCCGAGCGUUUGAAACAUGCUUCAGAUGGGUGCUCCUUCCAGGCUGCACCUGAAGAAAAUGUCCCAGAGGGCCCUCCAGAGGCAGUGAUGGCGGGGCACGGGUCUGGGCCCUGGCUCCCUGCCACAGACAGCGACGGUGUGGUGGCCUUGGCCCUGCAGCAGGAGUUUCGGCAGGAACAGGCCUCCGCACAUGAUGACAGCCUGGAGGCGAAGGGGUUGUUCUUCUGCCAGAUCUGUCAAAAGAAUCUCUCGGCCAUGAACGUGACACGGAGGGAGCAGCAUGUGAACUGGUGCUUGGAUGAGGCUGAAAAGGCCCUGAGACCUACUGCACCUCAGAUCCCUGAAUGCCCAAUUUGUGGCAAGCCAUUUCUCACCCCAAAGAGCAGAAUCAGUCACGUGAAAAAGUGUGCAGUGAAGAUGGAGGUUGGCCCCCAGCUCCUGCUCCAGGCCGUGCGGCUGCAGACAGCUCAGCCCGAGGGGGCCUGCGGCACACUGGCACAGGCAUCGAGCUUCAGCAAUCAUGUUGGAGGUCUGAAAAGGAAGGGAGCCCCCAGGAAGAAGGAGCCACAGAAGAGGCGGAAGGUCAGUGAGCCUGAGGUGCUACCAGAGGACCUGCAGGUGGCCAUGGCUCUGUCCCGGUCGGAGAUGGAGCAGGCGGCCGUGCCUGCGGUGCUCACACUGGGAACUGCUGUUUCUGAGAGGAAAAGACUGACAACAGAGAAGAAGAGUCGCAAGAAGAAAGCACCCCUUUCUCCACCCCAGUUGUUAGUCCAGGACUCGGAGACCACAGGAAGACAGAUUGAGGAUCGUGUGGCCCAGCUCUUUGUGGGAGAGGAAGUAGAGUUGUCCAGUACGCCACCACUUCCUGCGAGCAGACUUUUAAAGGAAGAGCUAGAAAAGGCCAGCAGGUGUCUGCAACCACCUGAAGGGAAGCAGAAUUUUCUGUGGGAGGGCAGCGCCCUGACUGGGGCCUGGGCCCUGGAAUCCUUUUACACGGCAAGCCUGGUGCCUCCCGUGGCGCCCCAGCAGUCACAGUCAGCCAAGGGUCUCACGCAGGAGCCCGUGCUGCCACGAGUGUCACCUGACCAGCCACAGCCAGGUGUGCACAUGCCGCCUGCUCUCCACAGCACCUGUCCCAGAAACCUGCCACCCUCUGCCAGCCAAAGGGAAUACCAGGCCCUGCAGGACCUCAUGGACCUGGCACGAGAGGGAUUGAGCAGCAGCCAGUUGCCCAGCAGCGGGGCCCUGGCUGACUCUGGGGGAACCAACGGGAUGGAUCUGCCCGGUGGCCUUCCACUGACUGGGUUUGUCCUGCCAGCUGAGGAGCAGCACCUGGAAAUGGGCGGCCAGGCUUCGCUCUCCCUCGGUUUGCUGGUUGCCGACUUCAGUGCCAUGGUCAAUAACCCGCACCUGAGUGAUGUUCAGUUCCAGAUGGACAGCGGGGAGGUGCUGUAUGCACACAAGUUUGUGCUUUAUGCCCGAUGCCCACGUCUCAUUCAGUAUGUGAACAGUGAAGGAUUCUUCGCUGUAGAAGAUGGUGACCUAAGAACCCAGCGUGUCCUGCUGAGUGACGUGAGCACGGAGGCCACGCGUGCGUUCCUGCAGUACCUCUACACUGCAGACACUGGCCUGCCUCCCCCGCUGGCCCCCGAGCUGAGUUCCCUGGCCUGCAGGUUUGGCGUGAGUGAGCUUGCUCACCUGUGCAAACAAGCAUCUGUUGUGAUGGACUCAGAGGGCAGACAGUGGAAGGAGAAGGAAGAUGAGGCUUGCGAAAGCAGAGCAGAGAACUUCCAAGAACUCUUAAGGUCAAUAUGGGUAGGUGAAGAGGAGGAAGCAGAAGUCUUGUUGAAAUCCGAGGGCCUUGAAGAAGAUAAAGAAAAGGUUAAUGAAGCAGAAAUGGAAGAAAUUUAUGAAUUUGCAGCUACUCAGCGAAAGCUGUUCCAGGGGGAAAGAGCUCCAGAGAUCGAGGAAGAAACUAACCAGCUUGGGGAAGAUGGUCCAGGUUCUGGGCAAAUCCUGGCAAGCAUCCAGUUUAACGAAAAUGCAGAGCAGAUGGAAUCAUCUGGGCAGGGAGGAGAUGAGGCCCCCACCAGAAGGAAGAGUGUGGGCCAGUCCACGUUCCUGCCACUCAAGGGCCAGUGUUCAGACGGGGAGGAGGAAGCAGAGGCACUGAAGGGAGCCCUGGAGUGUACCAGCUCCUGUAGCUCUUCUCAGGGCCGCCCGGCAGAGAGAAAGGAAGGAUCCUUUUUGUACUCAGUUGAUGUCAGUGAUUAUAAACAGCCCUUUCUAUCAACUCCAGGAGGAUACCCUGAACCAUCUCAAGUAAGUGAUCACAAGAGAGGCAACGGCACUAUCAGAGAAAGGGUGGGGGAGAGCCCCCAUCCCCCCACUUGCCAGCAGGAACCUGCAUCAUAUCCAUGCUUUGUCCCAUCACAGCCUCCUCCAGGCAGGAGUGCCCGCCAACCGCACCCUCGACCUCAUCGCACAAGAGACUUGUCCCUACCAAUGCCGCAGUCACAGGGCAGAGCUUCCAGGGUAGCCUCCCAGGACUCACCAUCGAAGCAGAAGAGGGGCCAGAGCCUUCUCACACUACGAAACCAUUCAGGCUGUGAGAAAGGCAAAGAACAUGGUUCCCUGCUGGAGUGCAGAAAUAAAGGAGUCUUGAUCUCAUCAGAAAAGUCUCCAUCCAUUGACCUAACUCAGGCAAAACCUGGCCAUUGGAGCUCCAGAUCUCAGAAUUCUCCAUCCAGUGUGAACAAGGAAGAUGAGAUUAUCCUUUUAUUGGAUUCAGAUGAAGAGCCAGAACAAGAACAAACCAAAAUAAAGUCAGUUUUUAAUGGCUCCCUCGAAGAGGGGAAUGUUCUAGAAGUUAGCCCCAAGUUCUCUGAGCUGUUCUCCAUCAUUGACGUUGAUGCAGAUCAGGAACCUUCCCAAAGCCCACCAAGGAGAGACACCCCAGUACAGCAGGAGGAGGGGCGGCUGUCGAGGAACCAGGGCUAUGUGAGUGGCAAAGGGACCCCCCAGCUGUUCUGUAGCCCCAAGAGCAGCCCUGACAAGGACAGCACCACAGACACCUCAUGGCUGGUGCCUGCCACCCCACUUGCCGGCAGAAACCGCGACUACUCAUUUCAGACCCAAACCUUGGGCCUUAGGUCCAGGACAUCAGCAUAUGAAAAGGCUCAGCUCAAGCCCAGAGCCCCGUUAGAAAACAGAGAUGGACCCAGAGCCACUAGUGAGUUUUCAGUAAUUGUGCCCCACACUUCAUCAUCCUGCCCAGCCUCUGUCAAUCCUAGAAGCCCUUCUAGUCCCUCCCCCAGGAGCCACAAGCACUUUUCUUUGCUUGCUCCUUCUCCAACCUCGGGAGCCCGCACUGAUUUCAGUGGGCAGUUCCUGAAGCACUCGCUGCCUAGGCUGAGCCUGCUAAAUCAGGCCACAGCAAAUGAAGUGGUGGAGGUGGAAGACAGUGAAGAUGAGCAGGAGGUGGCUUCCUGUCGGGCGAGCAGCAGCCCUGUGCUGGACAGCGGCACCCCCAUUCCAACUGUUGACUGCUGUUGGCAUGCUGAGCCCCUCUCACCAAUCCCAAUUGACAGUUUGAACCUUGAGCGGACUGGCCCCCUGAGUACCAGUAGCCCAGGCAGUAGGGCUGGGGAAGUCCUGGACAGUGGUGGCUGCCACUCCCCUGCACUCCUGGGCACCACCCCCAUUCGAGGAAGCGGCCUUGGCAUUGGCCGAAGGAAGUCUCAAGAGAAAUCCCCUCAGGCCAGUUCCCCUGGGAGCAGCCGGCUGAGCUUCUUGAAUUCACGUCUGUGGGAUGAUUGGGAUGGAGAAGAACAGAAGUCUCCAGAGGUUCUUUCUCUGGCCCAGACAUCGAGAGCUGAUGGAGGUCAGAAAUCAGAAGGGUUAGAGAAGCCAAAAGGUGCUAAUCGGAGGAAGAACUUGCCCCCAAAAGUACCCAUAACGCCAAUGCCACGGUAUUCCAUCAUGGAGACCCCGGUACUAAAGAAGGAGCUGGAUAGGUUUGGGGUGCGCCCUCUGCCCAAACGCCAGAUGGUCCUGAAACUUAAGGAGAUAUUCCAGUACACUCACCAGACACUGGAGUCAGACUCCGAGGAUGAGAACCAGUUCUCACAGGUGCCUCUGGAGGCUUCUUGCAGCCAGACCCACGCCACCAAAACCACCAAGGGAUCAAAGGCAGCAGGCUGCACCAGACUGGAGGCCCCUUCUGACCCUGUUCCCCAAAGAUCCAAGGGACCAGCUAAGACCAAGGGCACCCGACAUCAGAAGCAGCAGCCUGGUGGAAGCGUCCCUCGCAUGUCACCAGCCAGAGUGGGGCCUCUAGGCCCUGAUGAUGGUGCCCCGCUCCCAGCCUCCCAGGAGUCCAUGGCCACCUCUGUGGACAGCAGCGACAGUUCCUUAAGCUCACAGAGUUCUUCCAGUGAGUUUGGAGUGGCCUUUGAGUCUAUAGAAGACGAGGAGGGUGAGAAGGGGGUCAGUGCUUCCCAGGCAGUGGACGUGGAGGAGGCAGUGAGGUGCUACAUCCGCUCCACACCGUCCCUCUACCGCAAGGUCCUGCUGUACCAGCCCUUUGAGCUGUCAGAGCUGCAGGCAGAGCUGAGGCAGCAGGGCAUCCGCAUGGCCACGGGGAAGCUGCUGGAUUUCCUGGACACCAACUGCAUCACCUUCACCACCGCUGCGGCCCGGAAGGAGAAGUUUGAGAGGAAGAAGCAGCAGCCCGUGGGCAAGAAGAAGAGGGGCAGACCAAGCGACCGGCCCAUUGCCCGCUCCCCUCCCAGGGCUAUUAGCAGAGCCCGUGUGAGGGUGUGUGGUCCCUUUGGUAAUCCAGGCCUCCACACACAUUUCUGGGCCUUGGGACCACAUCUGCUCCCCCUGUGAAACUGACGACGGCACUGACUCGCAUCAGCUUCCUUCCCACUCUGUUUCCUGGAGUGGGAAUCGGACAUGCCACCCACUGGAUUUAGAGCCCUUGGUUCCUCCCUCUAUUGGUGCCUCCUCUUUGUCUCCCUUUAACCCUGUUAGGCCUGUGUGUGUUUCAGAAGGGCAGUGGGCCUCUGCCCGCUGGCCAGGGCGAGGCCUGACUUCGCACAUCUUUCGCUUUCUACGUCCGUCAGUUGCAGUCCGUCCAUCCCUGAGACAGAUGUCCAGCCUGCCCUGUCCUUCCUUCUCAGCACUUGCGCCGUAACCCCAGUCCCCACCAGCAGACUAGGUGUCCACAGGCCUCCUGUUCUGCCGUGCACCAGGUGCUCUGCUGGCCCUGCUGUCCUGCCCAGACACCUGUCAUUGUCACCAGCAGUCUCCAAACUGGACAGUGCAGAAGGACCCAGCACAGCUCUGAAGUCCCCAGAACAAGCACGUUCUCUGUGACCUGGUUCGGUUGGUGUGUGUGAAAGCUGCCUCCAGCCUCAGGAGCAGUGUGGGACACGGGUAAGGCCUGGAAGAGAAGAAUAAUUCAGGUCUCUGCACCUUGUGAAUGUCUUGUCUCUUUUAAAUACAGUGUAGUUCAUUUUAUAUGAUGUGCAAUAAAAACAAAAAUGCUUUA